AUGAAUGUGGAAAAAUACAAAAAUAAACUGCCUAUAAAAUAUCAAACUUAUCAUAAUAAAUAUACCAAAGAGAAUAAUAAUAAUAAUAUAGUAAGAUUGGUUAAUACAUCAGACAAAACUUCUGACUUUGUGGUUAUUGAUACUGCAUCAGGAAUUAGCAUGACACCUUUCAAAGAGCAACUAGUUGACUUUAUUCCCCUAACAAAAGAAAACCCUGGUCCAUCAUAUUAUGGAGUAGGAAAUGAUGAUCAAGAAAAACCAAUUUAUUUUGAAGGUUAUGGAUUUCUACCAAUUCGAGGUGAUAAUAAUAAAAUUAUCCAUAUGUUUACAUAUUUGGCUCCAUAUGAAGAUGCAAUAAUUUUAUCUGCAUUCAAACUAUGGGAAAUAGUUGGAUAUGGUUUUGAAUCUGGAAAAUAUGACUUUUCAACUGUCAAUAAUUAUAAAAUACCAACAAAAAUUAUGGAUCAUACAAUUUGGGUUCCUACUAAGCAAAUAAUUGCAGAAUAUACAAAUGAAAUUACAAAUAAAAAAGUAAGAAUAAUAAAAUCUUCUAAAAUAUCACUUUUAGAGGCUCACUUAAGACUAAAUCACCUACCUACUGUAGCAAUACAAGAAUUUAUUACAGACAGAGACUCUGAGUUUACCAAUAAUAACUUGAAACAAUUAGCUGAGAAAAAGGAAUUCAAUUAA